AUGCAUAUGAAUACAUCGCCCGGGGCACGACGCUGGCUACCCUCAGCACCGGCGGUCCGACAGGACAAGGGAGUCAUCGAUGCAACGCAGUUUGGUCCUGCAUGCCCACAACUAGAGAGUAAUAGGAGCACACUGUGGUCGGUCGAUGCCCCUCAGUUUGGCAUCAUGCCUCAUGACUACGUUGGAGAAGAUUAUCAUUUCAGAGUGGAGGUGCAUCGGUUCCAUACCAAAAUCCAAGCCGAUGGGUGGAAAGAACUGGAAGACACAUUGUGGUCGGAAUCAAAGUGGAUCAGAGACAACAUCGUCAGCUUUGGGGGUGAUGCAAGCCGCAUUAAACUCUGGGGACAUUCUGCAGGUGCUGUGUCAGUUGACAGCUACAGCUUCGCAUACCCAGUUGACCCCAUAGUAGCUGCACUGAUCAUGAGCUCUGGCACCGCACAUUCAAGCAUACCGUUUGAGUCUCCGGACCUUACGGUGGUUGCAGAGAACUUUGGCUGUCAGGAUACAAAUGCUGCUGCCGAGGUUGAUUGUCUACGUAAUGUGAAGUUCACAGACAUCACUGCUUUUCUGCAAGCACGGUCAGAAAACGGGACAUCCCCGCCACUCCCGUUCGCCCCAAUAGUCAACAACCGGACUGUGUUCUCGAAUCAUACCGCGCGUGCUUUGUCUGGCGACUUCAUUCGUAGACCUGCCAUGAUUGGGACUACGGUGAACGAGUUCGCGGCCUUCCUUCCCUACAACAGAUCAUUUGGGCCAGAUCAAGGUGUUGCCGACAACGGCACCCUCAGCGUCUUUCUCUGCCCCUCAGUCUUCACAACGCAUGACAGAUACGCGGGGGGCCACGCUACUACGUUCAGGUAUUUAUACGGAGGCAACUUCAGCAACAUCGCGCCUCGAUGGUGGGAAGGUGCAUACCAUCAAGCCGACAUGCCUCUCGUCUUCAGAACACACGGCAUCGCAAGAAGCGAAUCCACGUCCGGGGGCAGCAGCAUGUUGAUUGGCUGGGAGAACGAAGUUGCCUAG